AUGCGUCUUGGUGCUCUAGUAAUUAUUGCGACAGUAGCUGGUAUUGUCUACGCGAACGAGCCGUCACCGGUGGCAUUCGAUGCUGGAGAAUGGCUUGGAAUUGACGGGAACUGGUCGACAAUCAAGGUUUUGCUGGGGUCAAAUUCAGACCUUGUCAACGUUCUCUUGAGUACAUCGCUUUCCGAGUUUUGGGCAAUAGGACCCGGAGGAUGUUUACAAAAUACCCAAGGAGUUGAAUUGGAUCUCAUAGAAGAACCGCACUGUUCUUCUUCUCGUGGCGGCAUUUAUACGCCAUUUGAAUCCAAACAUUGGUCCUACAUGGGAAUUUGGCAGCUCGGGUUGGAUUAUCUAGGAUACGGUGGAAACGGCCAAUAUGGGCUCGACACAGUCAACGCAUACAGCUCCAUUACCGACAUUGGUUUUGGAAUGUCCAAUGUUCUCAUGUCUGCCAUCAAUUCAACAGACUAUUACAUAGGUCUUUUUGGGCUAGGGAUUACUCAGGGCAGCUUUGGUAAUGAGGUAGCUCAGUCGCCUUUGACCCAAGCCGUCCGCACCUUUGGAUGGAUUCCCAGCUAUAGCUACGGCUAUACUGCCGGUGCCUCUUAUCGAAAUAUCCCAGUUUCUAUUACUUUAGGGGGCUCUGACACAGCUAGAUAUGUCCCGCACGACGUUGACUUCACAUUAACUCCUCAGGAUAAUAUGCCUCGCGCUUUAGUUCGGGGCAUCGAAGCUUCUGCGAAUAACGACACCGAAAAGCCGAAGAAAUGGGACUCUCUGAUCUCCAGCCUUUCAAGCUGGGACAAUUCUUUUACGGCCUUGAUUGAUAGCACUACUCCCUAUCUGUGGCUACCGAACGCCGUGUGUGAUCAGUUCGCAGAUGCUUUCAACUUGACCUAUAACAGCACCUUUGAUUUGUAUACUCUCACGAAUGAGCAGUAUAAUGCCUUUGGAUCAGCCAACUCGUUUACUUUUACGUUUAGCCUCUCAAGCUUCGACAACCAUGAUAACUUUGGAUCCCCUUUGAAUGUACCGGGACUAGUAAAUAUCACCGUGCCAAUGCAAGCAUUCGUCGGACUAUUACAAUAUCCAUUCAAGCAUCGAGCUAUCAAAUAUGGAGACCCAGCUGUCCCAUACUUUGCACUGCGGAGGACUCAAAAUGACUCUUCAAUCGUCAUUGGCCGAUCAUUUUUACAGGAAGCGUACCUGAUAACAAAAUAUGACGAGGCCGUAUUUUCUAUAUACCAAGCCAAAUUUCCUCAGCAGCCGGUAGCAGAUGCAAAUUUGAUGCCGAUCAAGCAGCCAAAUAACAGUCCUUACCCAGGGCCACCAACACAAGCCGGUACCAAGCUACGCACAGCGCAAUUAGUAGGCAUCGCUGUUGGAGCCAUCUUGCUGUGUAUAUUCUGUCUGGUGAGCGUGUGCUACCUGUGCCGCCGAAGGAAAUCGGAGACAAAAGGCGACGAAACAGAAGUGAAUGACAGCAAAUCUACCAAGGGUUCGGUUACGCCCAGGAUAUCUAAACAUGCCAAAUGUUUCGAAGUUCCAAUAUGGAACUUGUUCAAAAGUAACAAUGCUACUAUAAAUCCUACCGUCGCUGCCUCAAAAUCCGAGGGAGUGACUGUGGCAGAGUCAGUAGUUUGCGAACUUGCUGUUCCAACAGCUCCCGUGGAGCUCCCCGCUCCCUUGGCUCCAGUAGAGCUUGAUGCCAGCGAUGGAGACGUCGACAGUAUUUCAAUAAUCGGCAAUGGGACUUUGGACGCUGAUACUAUACAGAACAUCAGCCCCUAUGAAGUAGCACAGAAGAAGAUCGAAAGACAGCUUCGAGGAUCUCCACCUGAGUAUCGUGCGUCGCUAAAAAUUGUUAUGCCUCAAGAGAAAGCAAUUACAUAUAUUGCCAGUCCAACCCAUACAACUUCGAGCAGGGAGAUAACCCCAGUCUCUCCAAGAUCUGGGCUGGGGACAGCAUCGUUUCCAGGAUCGCCUUCGCCCAUCUCCUCUGGGUCAGGAUACAAUAGCCAUAGCUCCACGAACGCAACCACCGUAUCGGCCGCAGGUCAAUCUUCAGAUGGGCAAUACAACGACAAUAUCGUGCAAUUAGAUACAAGUCAAGCAAGCACGCAACACUCGGAUAAUCCGGUCGCAUUGCAGUCCAAAGCCGCUUUAUCGUCUAUAGCUUGUCAGAAAACCCCGAUCGAUCCAACACACAUUGAGUGCCUGGGCAAUCUUCCGGAAAAUCUUGAGUCGCUUAGACACAGCAUCAUGUUGGCGCAAAUCGUCAGCCAGGAAAAUCGUGAUGGUGAUGGCGACUUCACGCCUCGAUUUAAUGCUGACUGCCACCUUUCUGAUCAUAGUCUGGGAAGUAACUAUACAGAAGAAGAAGAUCGAAUGAUGCAGGAAAUGUCACGCCAAGCUACCUUUUCCAUGGCUCGAUCGCAUAGAGGUACCCUUUCUGCCGAAAACACACAGGAGAGGAGUGGGGAGCAAUAUCUAAGUCAGGAUAUAAUGGAUUCUGAAUCUUUGCAAGCAGAGGAACGUAUAGAUGGAAACGAUAUUGUCCACAUUCCCCAGAUGGCAGAAAAACGAUAUAGUUGGGAAGACUAA